GCGUCGUGGUGCCUCGCGCGCUGUGGCGCCGGCGCCCGCGCGCCCGCGCCCGACACGUGCGGGGAGAAUGAAGGCAUCACCCACGAAUCGCCGGACGGGAUUAGCUUGUUCCAGAGAUUCGUAGCGAACAGCGUCGACCAGACUCUGGAGAUGUUUCCCGUGGUACCGGAGCCCAUCAUGAAUUUCAGCGAUGACACAGGCGCACAAGAUUUGGAGUCCGCCUCGGUCCUCGCCCGGGCCUACGCGCUGCUGCAGAGCUACGUGCCCCCGCGCGUCCUGGAGGCGGCGCGGCAGCUGACCGGCGAGGGCAACCUCACGGUGCUGGACCCGGCGUCCCGCGGCAACUGGUCGAUGCCGGCAGGGUUGCUUACUCGUAGUUUGGCGGUGGACGCGCGCACCAACCUGACGCGGGCUCGCACCGCGGCGCACGGCAAUGUCUCGGCGCCGCUGCCCCUGGGGGCCAAGCAAGACAGCAACAGGACGGGUACAUCGGCGUUUUGGAAGACAUGGGCACCAGAGCUGGACGUGGCCGAGCUCGAGAAUGAUCUGGGCCAAGUGAAGUUCCCGGAGGGCUCGGACAUAUGGAACAUGAGCCUGAAUUGGACGAGCGUCACUGUGAGGCACCCGCCGGGAGUCAUAUCGCACGUCUUCGGCAAGCGAGUCCCUAUAUGGGCGGAUGUGAGCUACUUGAGCAUGGAUGUGUUGUAUUUGGUCAGUUUGAUCGCCUAUCCAGUUGUCUCGGUCUGCCUGCUCCUGAUUCUCACGAUCAUGGCGAGCCUCGUGAUGGCGCAGAACGACCAGCCGUUGUCGUCCACGGCGCAGGGCGAGCAGGACGGAGACUAUUGGGAAGGCCCCGUGGAGGAGGCGGCCUUCGCGGUGAAGAACCUGACCGAGGACGCCAAGCGAGCCUUCGGGUACUGGGCGCUAUUCUGCAGGUCAAUCCCGGCACUGAUGGUGUUCGGCACCCCGGUCGUGCUGACCGUGAUGACCUACCCGUACCCUCAGGAGGUCUACACGCUGCUCGUGCUGGUCUCGUCCGUGAUGGUGUUCUCCAACGGGGUCUACAUGGUCUUCUACUGCCCGUUCACUCUGGGGGAGAUGAGACAGAAGAUGCGCAUGCCGCCAAGGCCCUCCCUGGACCCUGUCAAGGCUGCCGACGCCGAGGCGGUGGUCCAUUGGGUGGUCUUCCCCAACUACAAGGAGGAGCGGCGCUCGGCGCUCCGCGCGGAGGCGCCGCUGCUGGGCGCGCCGUGCCACGCGGGCCCCGAGGCGCGCCCCGCUGCGGCGCCCCUGGCGCCGCAGGGCGAGGCCCACGCGGCGGCCCCGCCGCAGGCGGCCGCGGCGCCCCUGGCGACGCAGGGUGGCGCCCACGCGGCGGCCCCGCCGCAGGCGGCGCCACUCGCGCCACUCGCGGCGCCGCCCGCGCCGCCCCCGGCGAGCCCGGCACCCGUGCACGCCGCGCCGCCCGCGGCGGGCCAUGCGGCCGGCGCCUCGCGGCUGGUGCUGGUGGAGGCGCCGCGGGGGGCGUCUCACAGUGUCUCGCCCCACGAGGUGGAGGUCGAGGUGCCAGGGCGCUCGGUGCUGCAGUCGCCGCACAGGCUCUCGGCGAUCGACGACGUCGCUGAGCGGGCGGACCCCUACAGCGGGGCGGCGGCGCUCCAGCCCCACGCGGUCUGGCACGCCUUGUUCCUGGUGCUCGGCGGCGACGGUCGGCCCGCCGCCGCUGCCGCAGCCGGCCCCGCCCGCGGCCUUGGCGCUGCCCCCCGGGCCGCUCGUGGACGUCGGCCCCGGAGCACCGGCGCCGUCCCCGGGCGGCGGCGCGGCCACAGCGCCGAGCGCUGCGGCGUGGCACCACGCGCACGGAGCAGAGGGCGCUGGCCUGGUGCCGCUGCCAGGCGCCCGGCUUGCAGCGCCCGCGGCGCACGCAGGCUGGCAGCCCGCGGGCGGCACGAGCGCCCUGGCCGCGGGCGGCGCCUUCCUCAUGUCCUCCGCGGCGCAGGGCGCGCUCCUGGGCGCCGUCUCCACUGCGGCGGUCGAGGCGUUGCAGGUCGGUGCUUGAUGCGCGCGAGCAGGCUCGACGUCACUGAGGCGGCGCCGCCCUGCGCUCGCGUCCUCGCUCCUGCGCGGGUCCGUCACGGGGGGCGCGCGGGCUCGUCGCUGCAGCGUAACGGUCCGCUCGCCCCGCUGGCGCUGUUCGUGGGCUACAGCGUGGCGCGGGAGUGCAGCCAGCAGGCGCUGAGCUGGCGGGAAGACAAGAUCUCGGCGAGGUGCGCAGUGGGCCGCUCCGGCGGGGUGGCGCUGGGGGCGGCGGGCGGAGUGGCCGCCGCGUGGGGCGCCGCAGCACUGCUGGCCGGGUCCGGCAGCGUCGCCGUCGCGGCAGCGGCGGGGUGCUGCGGGUUCGCGGGGAGCGUUGCGGGCAGGCAGCUCGGCGAUUUUCUCGCGUGGUUGCUCAGCCUGGAGCCAGAGGAUGAGCAGCUGCGCGCCGCAUACGCCGAGCUGGGCGUCUGUCAGGGCUGCUCGAACAAGGAGCUGCGCAGCGCGUUCCGCAAGGCCGCGCUGUCCCGGCACCCGGACAAAGCGGGCCUUGGGAAGCCCCGCGCGAACGAGCGUUUUGCCGAGCUCACGGCGGCCAUGGAGCUGAUCCAGCAGUCCCGGCCAGGCAACCUUGUGGGAUACGUCACGAGGCCAGCAGCGCCCGAUGCUCGCAGCGAUCCCACCGCCGCGACCAGGAGCCAGAUCUGCGUGCUGCUCGCCAUGGAGGCCCGCGAGGAGGGCGCCGCAGAGAAGGCCGAGAGGCUGCAGGACAAAUACAGGGACACCUUCAGGGAGAUUGCCAUGACUUUGCACCCGCCCGACUUGCCCAACGACCCGGCUGGGAAGGCGAGCAACAUGGCUUGGGCCUUCAAGUGGCUGUGCAAUCAUGUCAGCGACACUGGCGGGGACCCCGCCAACGUCAUAGUCACAGUAUCUGAUGCGGACUCUGAUUUUCACAAGUGCUAUUUCGACAGUUUGGCGAACUCCUUCGCGGAGACCCCGCUGGAGAAGCGGCACAUCAUUCCGGACCCUGUGGCAGUCGCCCAUCUUCCACGUGAAGAAUUACCACAGGCAGCCGAUGCCCCUGAUCGUCGGCACCAUGUUCACCGCCAUGGCCGAGAUAGCCGUCUUGUCUGA